CGCGUGUUCUCAGACACGAGAGAGAGGCUUGUGUGAGCUCAUGGCGUGUUUCUUCAGGAGGAGCGUCGCGCAGCAGCUCGCCAAGGUGUGUGGACUCUCUGAGGACGUGUUCAUCCCGCUCAUCUCUGCAGUGCCCGUGUCGAAGAAACCGUCUGCCGCUGAUCUGUGUGUGUCGGUGAAGCGUCUGCUGCAGGACGGAGCUGUUGCUGCGGAGGGAGACCUGCAGAGCCAAACACAAGCCCUGGCCAAUCAGAUGAAGCUGGAUGCUGUGGUGGAGGAGGUCGUCGCUGGCCGAGGAGUGCUUCACUUCAGACUGAACAAACUCGUCCUGGCACAGAAACUCCUAGAGCAGCUGCGCUCAGAUCCAGACGGGUUUGGUGUGAAGAGUGAGUUUCUGCGUCAUCUGCAGGGAGGAAGGACGCUGGUGGAGUUUAGUUCUCCAAAUAUCGCUAAGAAAUUUCACGCCGGACACCUGCGCUCCACUAUAAUCGGAAACUUCAUUGCCAACCUAAAGAAGGCCUUGGGGAAGGAGGUCAUUCGAGUCAAUUAUUUGGGCGACUGGGGAAUGCAGUUUGGUCUGCUGGGCGCAGGCUUUGAACGCUCCGGCUCUCAGGAGAAGCUGAGGACGCAGCAGCUGGAGCACCUGUUUGAGGUGUAUGUUCAGGUGAACCGCGAGGCCGAGCACGAUGAGAGUGCGUUUCGUGAGAUCACGGUGGACGAAUAUAAACGCAUCUAUCAGCGUUUAGGAGUUGACUUUGACCAUUACUCUGGAGAGGCGUUUCAUCACCAUCAAACCCAGAGUGUGCUGGACGAGCUGACGACCGCAGGACUCUUAAAGACCACCGAGAAGGGCACGGCUGUGGUGGAUCUGUCUGGAGCGGACGAUAUGUCGUCUUACGCCACACUGGUGCGCAGUGAUGGGACGUCUCUGUACAUCACCAGAGAUGUCGCAGCUGCGCUGGACAGGAAGCAGAGGUUCGGCUUUGAUGAGAUGAUUUAUGUGACCGAUAAGAGUCAGACAGGCCACUUCAAGCAGCUCUUUCACAUCCUGCGAGCCAUGGGACACCGGUGGGCAGAGAGGUACACACACACACACUCACACCUCACACACACACACACACACACACACACACACACACACACGUAUAGUCUCGCCCUGACUCAGCAGAACUGUUCAGCAUCUCUGAUCAACACAGCAGUGAUUCAUUACUGAAUGAAUCCACGGUUUUGCAUGCAUUAAAUGAGUAAAUGUGUGUCUGU